CCUAUAUGCAACGAGAUAUAUCCACUUCAAAACCACUACAAAAAAUUGAGAAGGAGUUGGGAUAUUAUGCCAUGUAUUUGGAAAGUGGGGAGAAGAAUGAAAUUUUAUUUUCAUUCUUUGAUAUACACGUAAGGCGUUUUGAGAUGUUGUCAAUGAGAAGAGGCAAUGUGGUGAACAUUUGUAUCGUAGAUGCGUGGACACUAGUUCUGAACUGGAAGGAGCAAUAUCGUUCAGAUAAUUCACCACUACGCUUCUUCGCUACAGCCAGCCUAUAUGUUGACAGUAUAGCUCCAAGUAAUUCAACUGAAGAAUCGCAAAGAGCUUCAUUCUUCAUGUCAUUAUAUGUUGAGUUGAACGAGUUUGGCAAAAAUCCAGUUGGGAAAAUUGAUAUGUUCUUCUUUCCAGUUGUUGAACAAAACCAGUACUUUGCUUUGUGUGUGGAUUUAAAGAGGGAACGAAUCUUCGUGCUGGAUAGUCUCGUAGAUAUAUCAGAUGAUAAUGAUCUGGGAAAGUAUGAGAGCAUUUGUAUUAAAGUUCGUACACUGUUGGCGUAUUAUCUCAACUACAAAGAGGAGACCAUCAAGGCAAAAACUGUGGCUAAUUCAAAAAUACAUAUUGUCAAGUUGAAGUGGGCGGACAAGCGAAAUACAUUGGACACAGCUAUUUAUCUUAUGCGACAUUUGGAAACCUUCAUGGGGGAUAUUUCAUCAAAUUGGAAGUGUGACAUGUACAACGCAGGUGCACGCCAAUUAUCUCGAAUGCGCGUGAGGUAUUGCUCGUCCAUAAUAUCAUGGAAUCAGAACGAUAAGAAACAAGAGAUUCAGGAUACUGCUGCAAAAGAAUAUCAUGAGAUUUGUCUUGAUCCAUCUGUUAACAUAAAUGCAUUAUUGGUCGGAUGACUUAGCUUCAUUUUUUUGGGAGUUUGAUUAUCUAGAUUUCUGGACAUAUUUUAAUUAUUAGUUUGCA